UCUAAAACUGAGUUACAAGAGUCGCAAGUGAUAAUGAUGAGAAUGUCGAACAAGAUUGACGAGCUUCUUCGUUACUGUGAAGAGAACUUUGAGAGAGGAAACCUAGAACAUGCGUUACGAUGCGCUGUCUCAGUCUGUAAAGCGAAUCCUGAUGCUCCUCAACCUUACGCGCACGUCACCGCUUAUAGAAUCCUUUUCGCAGCAGCUAACAAUCGCACGGUCGCAGGGGAGCCUGACUGGUACGUUGUGUUGGGAAUCAACAGACGCAGAUCUUCAAAGUAUGUGGCGGACGCAAUCGAGAGGCGGUGCGGGGAGAUAAUUGAGGUGUUGGACGGAGAGACUGGGGUUUUCAAGGCUGUUUUGAGGGUUUAUGAUCUGGUUAGAAUCGGUGUGGCUGAGUUGAUGGACGAAGAUAGGAGAAGCGCGUAUGAUCUCCGUUCUGGAUUUUUCUAAUAUCAUCGACUGAAUCUAUAAAUCUUCU